UUGAGCUAGUCAGUGGCCCCAAGAGUCCAGGGUCGAGAGGUAAGCAAUCCGACUCCGGAGUGGCGAUCCAGCUCGCAUCUUACUUUUCACUAGGAGGGCUCCGUCCAGCUCGAGAGCAAAGCGCAGCCGAGCCUCCCUAUCGGAGGGUCUGUCCGGGGAAGAUACUAACCUUCCGGGAAGAGCACGUUUUAUUCCCCCCAUUGCUGGGUGCGGGGGUCUCCAUAUUCCACAUAGGUGCUUAUUUUCCUUCCUUCAUGGAUGAGCCAUGAAAGUUUCCUUGCAUUUUUGCAGCUGUGGAUUGCAAAGUCAUGCACGGAGCGCCUUUUCCUGUUAGUAUCUUAUUGACAACGUAACGAGCCUGUUCUGUGCUCUACAAGGACUACGCAAGUGAAUAUGCCGGCUUCUGCUGAACGGAAGAACAUUUGCAAGACUCCAUGAUCUUUAAGUCUACUCCUAGUUGCACAUCUGCUGCUUGACAGAGAUGACUCGUGAUGCCAGAUCUUCACGAUCAGUUAAAAAGGAAAAGAUAAGCAAAAAGAAAUCAAGCCCAGUCAAAAAGAAAUCUUGCCAAGUAACAAAAGAUGCCAAUAAAACUUCUCCAAAAGCAGAAAGUUCAGCAAACUGCAAAAAGCACCUGGAAGAAAAGAAUGACGGCAAGAAAAAAACACAGGAAGAGAAACCACCACUGAAUGCAACAUGCCGAUUUCUCAGGAGCAGCGUCACCAAAGCCUUGUCUGGAACAUCUUGGAUGGAUCUGGGGUUAACUGAUAAUGUUCUGUUUCGUAACCAGCCUCCUUUGAGCUACAAUGGCUUUACCAUGACUCUCCGCAGGAAAUCGUUUCCCCAUAGACGGUUCCAGACGCCAACAAUCAUGCGAGCAACUAAAGCUGGCCCAGAGAAAAGUGUGGGGAGAAGAGAGAAGCCUGAAUCAAGAACCUCCUGUGUAUUAGAAAGGAAAGAAGCAGAAAAGGCUGGAAGGGAUUUAAACCAGGUUGGUGCAUUAUCUUCUCCCGGGGAGGAGGAUCUGUGUGAUCCGGAAGGAAGCCACUGCUCUGAAUGUGAUAGUCAAGCCAAAAAGGGAGAGACACCUUCUGAAGAAGGCAUUUCUGCUUCUAAUGGUGAUGUACCAGGUACCAAAAAUCCAGAGAUAUUAAAGGAGGAAUGCAAGUGUACAGAACUUGCGCCCACAGAGCAGGUUCUGAAAUAUUUGCCCCCGACUACCUGUGAAGAAAAUUUCACUCAACUUGCCCCUGCAAAUUUUCAUCUUGACUCUGCUGUUCCUAUAAAGGUACAUGAAGAGAAUGACUCAGGAACAUUUGUGAAAUCACAUGUUGAGAGUUGUUUGGAUGUGUCUCCUGCCCCCAAACAGUAUACCUGUUCACAUUCCGAUUCCACAUUAAGUCUUUCCUCGGAAGCAAACUCAAAGGAACUUGUAGAAAGGUCAGAGUUUUCCACAGAUGCUCACUCCAAAACUACCUGUGAUUUGGUGCUAACUGAUGGUGAUCCUGAUGCUGCCAUUUUGAUUACCUCCGAAUUGAUCUCGAAAUUGCAUUUAGAUGACCCAUGUGUGUUACAAGGGUCUCAGCUCAAUCAGGAUCGUGAGCCUACCGUUCAAGAAGUAGAACCUGCCUCACGCUGCAUCUCUGAAUCAGAAGACUGUUUAAAAGAUCCAGGCCUUUGUGUGGAAUCUCAUUUACCAAAGGGCUUGGAACUGGAGCUAAGCAGUAAAGCACUUGAUUCUUAUUUCAACUCCAGAGAACUUUAUUUAGAAUGUGACCAAACAAAUGGCAUGUUGGCAUGUGAACAGGUUUCUAAUACCUCUUUGACUAGUUUUACAUUGGGAGAUCUUGAGCAGACACUUGAAAAGAUCUCCGUAGAAACUUUCACUUUAAAUUCAGGUGCUGUGCCUGUUGCACCCCUCAACCUGGAAAGUUCAGCAGAUUCCGUAAGCAGUGACAUCUUUAAGGAAAGUUUUCCAAACUUGUCUGAAGAUGCUAAUUCAGGGCCUCCAUCAGCUGCUGCAGAGGGUACAGAUACCAAGACAGUUGUGCUAGAUGAAUCCAUUCCAAAACCUCAGGAGCCAUUGUUGCAGUUGGGAAGUGGUGGGACUGUUGUGAACUCCAUUCAGGACAUUGGGAAAUGCGGUGCUAAUCUAGUUGCAGUUUCAGAGACUGCCUCCUGUGGGAACCCAACUGACGGUCUUCCUGUCUCACUUGCAUCUUUGCAACCUGUGCUAGAGAAGAAGAAGCGAAGGAGAUGUGGGGUGUGCGAGCCAUGUUUGCGGAAAACUAACUGUGAAGAAUGCAGCUGUUGCAGGAAACGCAAAACUAGUCACAGGAUAUGUAAAAAGAGAAAAUGUGAAGAACUGAAGAAGCCUCCAUUGCCACUGCCUCCCUUAAUGCUGCCCUUUGUACCAUCAGAGGUGCUAACUGAAAACAAAAGGCCUCAGAGGAGAAAGCAAAGAGUUCAAAAGGGAGACUUAGAAAACAAACCAGUCAAUGGCUGCAGACCAGAGCUCAUGGACUGUGUUGCCCACGGCCAUGGCGAAAAUCCCAAGGUGAAACCAAGCCAUUUGCUGCCUUGGGAAAAUGUACAGGCAGAUGAAAAGGGAAGUAUGACUGGCUUAGAAACGGAGAAGUGGGCACAGAAUGAGAAGCCAUCGCUUAGCGUCCAUGUGAACGGUGACCUCUGUAGAGCUAGAGCAAGGAAUGAGAACUCGAAACAUUUUGAAAAGGAUCCAAAAGCUGUUCAUUCUUCCAACGUGUUAGAUGACCCCAAAAAGUUGCUUGCACAAACUGUUAGAAAUGGCAUUAAAAGCAUUCCUUAUUCACCAGCAGAAUGUGACUUGUCGCUGAAAAAAACAGGUGCCGGUGCAAGUGCUGAUCCGGCAAACAGCUGCCCAGAAAGCAACUUGGAUGCCUCUUUGGGUUGCGCUGCUCAGCUGAACAAUAUCAGCACUUUGACAACUGGAACGUGUGGUGCUCUUCCAGAAAAGAAGGAUCGCGUUCUAGCGCAGCAGACAGAAAACUCUAAUGCCAUUCAGGAAUCUGAGAACUCACUUUUACAAACUAUUUCACUUUUAGAUCUUCAGGACAAGCCAUCUUGCACUCCCGUGCAUGACAAAGAUGGCUGCCUUGAUGAUGGUGCUUCAAAUGGUGCUCCAAGCAAAGAUUUGCAACCUGAAGAUUUGUCACUUCAGUCAACUUUUUUAUCUCUGAUUAAAAACCGAAAUUUAACCUUAGAACAGGUUGUAGCUAUUGAGGCAUUGACACGCUUGUCGGAAGUCCCUCCAGGAGCUCCCUUGCCAGCUAAACCAGAAAGAGUUCAGUGCAUAGAAGAGCAAAGUUCACAUUCACUUAACAAUUACAAAAAGGAUAAUUCAUGUUUCUUAACAUCAUCUGCAUUGAAAGUAAUCAAAGGAACUUGUCCACAGAAAGACCAGCAGCUCUUUCCUUACGCUCCUUCGCAGAGAAGAACGCUUCCUAAAAGUCCCUUGACAUCAUCUGCAUUGAUAGCAAUCAAAGGGGCUUGUCCACAGAAAGACCAGCAGCUCUUUUCUCAUGGUGCAUCACAGAGAAGAAUCUUUCCUAAGAGUUUGCUUUACAAUGGUCAAGGUGCUAUUUCUGAAUUCCCCAGUAAAACCACUGGUGCAUCUAGCUUAUUGCGUAGGCUACAUUUCUCCCCACGAGAUACCAAGUCUUUAUCUGCGUUAGUGUCUGGUGGAACUUCAGGUCAUACUACCAAGAAACACCCUCUUUAUCAUAAAGCUGCCAUUGGGCCAUGCUCCAAAAUAUCAAGUGUUGUCAAGCAACGGAGGAGCCGAGUAGACAUGCUUGGAAAGUGGGAGGGGAAGGCUGUCCAUGGCUCAAAUUCAAAAAGUAAUUCUGUAUUUAGGGGAAAUAUUCAUAGCCAGGAUGAGGAAGAGGUAGCCGCCCAAUUAACUCAACUUGCAGCAAUAAUUGAAUCAAGCAAAGCAAGCCCAGACGAGAAGACGUCGCUUCUCAGUCGAAUACCACCCGAUAUGCAACCAAAACAUAAACAGGACCAGUGCCUAUUGCAGAAGAAACAAUCUGUAUUUGUAAGGAACAAUUAUAGUCCAUUGUUAGUCAAGCAAAGGCAACCAACACGGAAAAAUGAAAAACCAGUACCGAGGGCAAAAAGAUUAAAAAAGAAGCCUCAAGUAAUGCCUGACCAACAAAAUCAGCUACAGCAAGACUGUCAUCUUAGUGAAUUACAGGACAUACCAAAAAAGCCUUCUAAACUACGCAAGGUUGGUCGGAACGCAUCACAGGAUUCGAAACUAACUGCUUUGGGGAAAAGAUCUUCUAAAGCCAAAGGACAGAAGGCAUGGAAUCGGAAUACUUUGUCAUCACAACAAAAAGCAGCUGCUUUAUUUCUUCCCAAAACUCAGAUAAUAUACCACAGGCCUUUGCCUGCUUCAACACAAGACAAAGUGAAAGACAAGUUGUUUGGCUGUGAAAUGGUGCCUGAGCACAUAAAAACUAUGGGCUCCAAUGAGGCACGGGGCACCAAUCCUCCAGGUGCUGCCCCAGUUGCUCUGCACCAUAGUGGCCUACUCUCCAAUAGUCUUCUGACUGUCCCUCACUUCGAAGCAAAAUCCUGUUUGAACCAAGGAAGUGAAAAUGUACAGAUGUUUACAGAAAAUGACAAGAAUUCUCAGGUACAGCAAACAAUGAACAUCACUCAGAUGCGUCCUUUGCCUCAGAUCUUUGGUCAAAGAGCAGAUGAAAUGUGCAAGGAAAACCAAGCAAAACUUGAGUGCGGUGCUGUGGAACAACAAAUGGGCCAGAAAUUGCAAACCAUGUCCAUUAACUGUAGUUUAGCCUCCCCAGGGGAAACUGUGCAGGCUCUCAGGAAAGCAGAGUGUGCAAGUGAAGUUACAGUUCCAACAUCAAGGAGCUUGGAGACCGAGAAAACACAGAGAACAGGGAACUUAGGGUGCUCUCCAACAAAGAAUACACUCAGUAGUUUUCUUGAAUCGCCUAUGAAGUUCUUGGACACCCCUACAAAGAACCUAAUCGAUACACCUACAAAGAAAGGACAGACUGAUUUUCCAAUCUGUGAUUGUGUUGAACAAAUUAUAGAGAAGGAUGAAGGGCCAUAUUAUACACACCUUGGAACGGGACCAAGUGUUGCUGCAGUCAGGGAAAUAAUGGAAGACAGAUAUGGAGCAAAAGGAAGUGCUGUAAGAAUUGAGGUAGUUGUGUAUACAGGCAGAGAAGGAAAAAGCUCCCAAGGGUGUCCAAUUGCCAAGUGGGUGAUACGAAGAAGUAGUGAUGAAGAAAAACUGCUCUGCUUGGUUCGACAGCGUGCAGGACAUCACUGCCAAAAUGCCGUCAUUGUGAUACUUAUUUUGGCUUGGGAGGGGAUUCCUCAUCUUCUGGCUGACACUCUAUACAAGGAACUGACCCAGAGCCUCAGAAAAUAUGGCUGUCCAACUAGCCGAAGAUGUGCACUAAAUGAAGAUCGUACCUGCGCCUGUCAAGGCCUUGAUCCAGAGACAUGUGGAGCAUCCUUCUCAUUUGGCUGUUCAUGGAGUAUGUAUUAUAAUGGCUGUAAGUUUGCCAGAAGCAAAGCCCCCAGGAAAUUUAGACUUCUCACUGAUGAUCACAAACAAGAAGAACAUCUCGAAAACAAUUUGCAAACUUUAGCCACUGAUGUUGCUCCACUGUAUCAGAAACUAGCCCCUGAUGCUUUUCAAAACCAGGUGGAAAAUGAGCACAUGGGUCCUGACUGUCGACUUGGGAUCAAGGAUGGCCGACCCUUUUCUGGUGUCACCGCUUGCAUUGAUUUCUGUGCUCAUGCCCAUAAAGAUACACACAACAUGCACAAUGGAAGCACUGUGGUUUGUACAUUAACAAAAGAAGAUAACCGUAUGGUUGGGGUGAUACCCAAUGAUGAGCAGCUGCAUGUGCUGCCCCUUUACAAAAUCUCACAAACAGAUGAAUUUGGCACAGAGGAGGGUCUGGAAGCCAAGAUAAAAGCUGGGGCAAUCCAGGUGCUUACUGCUUUCCCACGAGAAGUAAGAAUGCUAGCAGAGCCACGUAGAGCAACGAAAAAGAAGAAAGCAGACUCAAAGAAGCAAACCUUAGCAGAGAAGAAGCUGUCUACUCCUGCAAAGGGAAAAAACAGAGUGCAGGAAAAUACCAAUAAAGCUUCAAAAAGUUUAGGGAGCAAAGCUAAUUCAUUGCAACCUGGGACAAAAAUGGAGAGUGGUGAUCCCCUUUCUACAAUAAAACACAAUUCAGACACUACUAAAAAUUGCUCUGUACUAAAGCAAUAUGCUCCUUCCUCCCCUUUAAAGCUGGAUAGUUUACAUUCUUGCUCUCCAUUAACUCACAAAGCUGGUGGUAUAAUGCCAGUGAGUAAUAAUCAACAAGAUUUUUCAACUCCCUACGGGUAUUUGCAAUGCAGUAGUAACAAACCUCAUGUGACACCCAAAGGUAAGAUCUUUGAUGUGUCCAUCAGCGAUCAUACUGGAAUUUUGCUGGAUGAGAAGAGGAAUGGGGUGCCCCCAUUUCUUCAAGACCUUACUGUUUCAGAAUCCACAGCCUACAGAGAGACUUUGCCCCACACACUUGAACAAGGAGUAGUCAGCAAGCAAAAUUGUGAAAUAAAGUUAGAAAACUCUCCUGCCUCACAGUUGGCUAGCUCUUGUGAUUCCUCAGUGCCGUUAAAUUCUCCAGAAGAUGUAGUCAGAAAUGAAAUUGGUUCUUCCCAGGAGUGUCCAAUGCAAAAAGGUGGUUUCAAGAACCCAAAUUGUGAUUCUGCCACUGCGGAUAAACACCCAGGUUGCGAGCUCUUAAAGCGCACAGAGUCUGAAGAAAAAGCAGAGGAAAUGUGGUCCGACAGUGAGCAUAAUUUUUUGGAUAAUGACAUAGGUGGGGUAGCUGUAGCACCAUCACACGGCUCCAUCUUAAUUGAAUGUGCACGCCGUGAGCUACACGCCACGACUCCGAUUAAAAAGCCGAACCGGAAUCAUCCCACACGGAUAUCGUUAGUCUUUUACCAACACAAAAACUUAAAUGAGCCAAAACACGGGAUAGCGCUGUGGGAGGCAAAGAUGGCCGAGAGAGCAAAGGAGAAAGCAGAAAAAUCAAGCACUGAAAAUACCAAUGUACAACCCAGUGACAGGAAUGUGCACCAGGCCAGUGCCACCAGAGAGAUUUUCUAUGAAGACAAUGAAUUCAACCAAAUUCCAUCACGCCGAGCAUUAACAGUAACUCAUGAUAACAUCAUAACGGUGUCUACUUAUGCCCUCACUCGAGUUGCCGGGCCAUAUAACCAUUGGGCAUAAGUUUUUAUAGCAACUGUACAACCUUGCCUUGGGAGCAGUGUUACACAAUAAUCCCUAAAGGUGCUGUUAAAGAACAAAGUCUUGUAUGGUUUACUCUUUGUUCAUCUCAACCAUUUUGAAGGCUGAGGUAAAAAAAUAAUGAUUUUUUUCCUUAAACUGUGACUUUAUAUAUUUUAACAUCUGGUGAUUUUCAAGCACAUUUUAAGCAAAAAAAAUGUAUAGUUAAAUGAUUUUGGCUAGGUUAUUAAUCCUGAUUGAAUUAUUCAGUUUAUUACCUUUUGGAAUUUAUACUUUGGUGCUUUGAAUUGUCUGUUUACUACAAAUGGGCUUUUUAUAAAGAUUUUAACAUACUUCAACUUUUAUGAUGUAAAAUCAAUUUAGACAGUAUUAGCUAUACACAGCUCUUGGUGCUCAAUCACAAGAAAUAGUUAAAGAUAAGCUGAUUUUUUUUCCCUUCGUGGUGCCAUUGCUCCAACAGCUUCCAGUCGUUGCUGUGAAGCCCAAGUUAAGGAUAACAAACCAAUGAUGAUUUAUCUUUGUACAGAUCUUUCGUGUCUGUAUAGGUUUGUGUGUGGACGUGUAUGGUCCACACACAUCCACACACAAACAGUAUCACUAGUGAUGGUUGGAGGUUGUAACCUGUAAAUAUAUAUAUUUAAAAGCACUUUCUAUUUUUAAAGUUAA